AUGCUUGAGAUGUUCAAGGAGGAGCUCAACAUGGAGUGUACUUGUAGUCGAAAUGUAGAAGUUAUGGAUCUUAGAGAGGCAGCCAGUUGUGGUCCGGAUGAUGCACCGAAAAGGAGACCACCUGUUGCAACAACGGUGAAGCAAUUUUUGUUGCUGGCUCUUGGUUCGAUGCUCGCCCCAAAGAUGUCACGAAUUUGUGAUCUCGAUUAUGCAGAGUACAUGGUUGGAAGGGUGGAGGACAUUGCCACUUUUAAUUGGAGUGGUUUUGUUGCCCGUAAUCUGAAGUUUGAGUUGUGUCGGGUUAAGGAAAACGAAGCUGAAUCUAGGGCGGGUGGGAAACAGCAAUGGCCUCUUGGAGAUAUCCACUUCUUAAUGAUCCAUUUGUUAGACUUUCUUAAUGUAACUGACAAAUAUAUCAUGGGUCCCAUAUUGUUGUCAAGGGAAGAAGUGAGAUUCCGCUUCCGUCCAGAGCGUGUCAGGAGGGAUUGGGAAUCAGGGUCGAGCAACUCGGCUCCUGCUACUGAUUGGUGGGCAGAUGUUGACUUGGAAACCCUUGAGAACGAUGAGCUUAAGGCAUUGGAGUCAUUGACUGAAAAAGUGAUGGAUGUAUGGGAAACAAGGCAGGAUAGUACCUGGAGAGUCGUCAUUAUGCGCCAUCAAGGAAACAAUUGA